UGUGAUUAAAACGUAUAGGUGAAAAAAUUGCAAAUAAAAUUGCGUAAGCUACAAAUAUACCUAUCAAAAAAUAGUACCUAAAACUAACGAUUAAAGAAUAAAGGGCCCUAUAUGAGUUGCGAGAAAUAGGUGCAGGUAGUACCUAAUAAGGUGACUUUCGACGUUCGAAUGAGCUCUGUGGAGCGGAUCCAUUUUAUCAACGGAGCGGUCACUAUACUAAACUGUUAAUGCGCUAACGAAAAAACAAAACAACUCUCUUAUUCGACAGUCAUAAAAUAUCCAACCGAAUUAAUAGUUGAACUAAGAUGGACACGACAGCACAAAUAAAAUCGAGGCGGUACCGCCCCCACCAUUGUUGAAGCAGAGGUUUCGCCCCCACCGAUUUAACGAAUUCGAAGUCUCUUAGUAACUUGACUGAUCUCUCUCCAACUCUCGACAAGACUGUUGCGUGAAUAUACAAAAGUCCGCAAGUAGGCUAGUUACGUUUCAGUUGAUAGUGUUUGAUAACGGCGAUAUGACAACUAAGUCAGAUUAUCAGCGAACAUACGGUGCAUAUGGAGAAGAGCCCAGGCAACAGUACAGUCCCGCCUCUCAAAAUGAAGGGGCCGAACCGUCCCCCCAUUCGCGAGCGGCCACACCUCUCGAAUGCCUCACUUACACGACCGAGGUUGAACAAGAUAAUUAUCAGACACUGAGUAGAUCAGAUACGAGGUAUAUGCCGUUUUCUUUGGAGGUUCCUAUAGAAGAGGCCAAUGGCACAGAGUACCUCCAAUUGGAACCAACGGCAAUUGCGAAUGGUUCUCCAUCACAAGGAAGUGGUAGCCCCAGUCCUGGUUCACCUUCCCAAGUAUACAGACUGUCCACUAUACAUUCGGGAGAAGAGCAUCAGUCGACAAUAGAAGGAUCUCAUUUGACACAGCUUACUAGCCAUAUUAGUUAUACAGGAACUGGAAUGAAUUCACCUACAGGUGCAAAUAUGUCUAGUCCAUUAUAUUCACGUCCUAGUGGUUAUUCAGCGGGAACGAUGCCCUAUUAUAAUAAUGGAUCACCAGAACUUACUACACAACCAUCACAAUUAUGGACAAAUUCAGGUGUCAACACCACGGGACCCCUGUCGUUAGCCGAAGAUUAUCCAAAAGUAAGUUCCUCCUCGGCGGGCAGUUUACCAGGCUUCAAUAGGUUGCCGACAACUUUUACAAACAAUCACAAUCAUCACCGCACCGGGUCGUAUUUACCGAAUACGAUCUACCCGGAAUGGACGGCCUACACCUCCGAGCAGUACAAUUUAAAUUCAUCGUCCCAGAGGAAUCGGUCGCUUUCCGCGGCAGCAUCUCUGUCUGCAAUUGAUCCACGCACAGCGGAAUUCUUCACCGAAGGUAGAGAGUGUGUAAAUUGCGGAGCAAUUGACACCCCUUUGUGGCGCAGAGAUGGCACCGGCCACUAUCUUUGCAAUGCGUGUGGCCUCUACCACAAGAUGAACGGCAUGAACCGGCCUCUUGUCAAGCAGCCUCGUAGAUUGUCCGCGUCACGUCGAGCCGGCCUCACUUGCACUAAUUGUCAUACUAGCACUACUUCUCUCUGGAGGAGAAAUUCUUUGGGAGAACCAGUAUGCAAUGCUUGCGGACUUUACUUCAAACUCCAUUCGGUCAACAGGCCUCUUUCGAUGAAGAAAGACAGUAUUCAAACGAGGAAACGAAAACCAAAAGGAAGUAAAGACACGAAUGCAAAUUCAAACAUAGCAAGAAAUCUCAACAAUACAUCACUCUCUUCCAUCAAAAUGGAAAAUGUUGGGGUGAAAUUAGAGCAUACAUCUCUAGAUAAUUACAACGAGUUAAGAACGGUAACAACUCUCAAUCAUCAACUUCCGCAUCCAUCGACGGCAAGUUAUGCUUAUACGACACAAGCGCAUCAAAGAUUGAGCCCUACGUACCAUUCGCAAUCGCCGCAACUAUCGGCGCAUUCGCAAUAUUACGAUUCGAUCCUGCAACAGCAAAGUCCCAGUCCACAUUCGAACGAAUCAGACAGUGAAACUACUUUAUUAAACAAUAACAACAACAAUAACAACAACAACACUAAAGUUAUAAUUAACGGAGAACAUUGUGUCGAUAGGCCUACUGUAGUGUCGCUUUCGUCAUAACUUUUUGGGUUUUGUAGCACAUUGUAAAUAUUGUUUAUAGUCAGAUUUCUUAUGAUUCCUUGACAUUGCUGUAACUGAAAUUCGAGUUUAGUUACUUGAGUUUGGUAACGUGAGUUUAGGUUAGAUUUCGAAAUACCUCAAACGUACUUUCUCACGACUCACGACUAUUUGGAUAAUUAUACAAUUCAGAAUAUAAUGUUCUUUUUUAUAUAGUUAACAUUUGAGAUUCUAAAUACCUUGAUGCCUGGGUAUUGACUAAGAAAUACAUUAUAAUGCUUAAGAAUUUAGGUACCUACUGCACUUAUUUUUAAUUAUUAGAUAUAAUAAAUAUUUUAAGUAGGUAAGACCACAAGAACCCUGCAUGCUUUUGCAUACAGAAUAUAUUUUAUAGCAAAAAUGCAUGUAAGACGGGAUCUCUGGAGGAUUUUCGACCACGAACACAAAAAUUGUUUUUUAUUAUUUCGUUAUUAUAUUUAAUUUUUUAUUAAUUUUUGUUCAAGGAAUCAUAUCCUUAUAUCAAAAUUAUUUUGUAACUGGUUAGAUCUCAAUGGGAAGAUCUGAAGUGGGCACAAACAAUUAGAUAGUUUUAUUUAGAUCUGAUUUAUUUUCUUUAUUUAAAGAAAUUUUGUUUCGAAAUAUUUAUUUUCGAAUAUUUUUAUGUAGAUUGGGAUGUUAGUUAUUAAAUUUGUAUAUUACUUACAGAGAGAAUUAUUCAUUAAAAUUAACAUAAAAAUGGCUGUGUCGACUAUUUCAAAGUUAACACUAAAUUCGGUAUAGGAAUAGAUGUCAGUACAGGAAUACUAAACCAAAUAAACAAGGCACUUGGAAUUGAAGAAAGAGUUAGAAUUAAGAGAGUAGUCACUAAGAGAGCAAAGUGUCACUAUUAUUUGGUUUGUCUGUACACACGUGCUGUUUAUUAAUAAUUGAAGGAUAUUUUGCUUAUAUGAAAUGGUUUAAUAAUAGCAGAUUAAUUAAAUAAUUUAAUUUUUUAGGUCAAUAAUUUUAUUAAAUGAAUCAAGAAGUAUGUCAAGAAUAGAAUAAAUGCCAAUUUUUCAUGUUUACACUUUUUUAGGGAGUUUGGGUAUUUAAGUUGCCAUAUUUAAAUCAUUUCAUAUAAAAAUGUCCUGCUUGAUUAUGUAGGAAUUAUUGCACUUUAAUCAUAAGAUCACUGUAGAAUCUUUAAGUACCAAAGAUAAUUUUUGUAUAUCUAGGACUUAAUUUUUAGUUACCAACUUUUUUGUAAAUAUAGGUAUGUUAUAUUCGUACAAUUUUCACAUAUUUUGACUGAUAUAGUAAAUAGCACCACUUUAUAGCCUAAAUUCUCAAUAUUAGGCCGAGUGACUAUCUAAUCAUUAAAUCUUGUUCAGCAUUCUUAAUUUUUAUGAGCAAUGUUAGGUUAUGCAAGAAAUAUUUGCACCAUUUAGUAAAUGGAUCUUAUUCGCGUUUUUUUGCAUUUAUAAUCGACUUCCCUAGUGUAUGGUAUCGUUGAAACACUUCCAUCAAGAGUGCAUUCCAUUAUUAAUUUCUUUUGGAUUAAUUGUAUAGUUUUAUUUCAUAACACAUAGAUAUUUUUAGAAUAAUACAUUUGUUACAAUUAUCUAUUUUUAUGUUUAUAUUUUAAAAUUAUUUCAUAGUAAAAUAUGUCAAACAAUACGCCGUUUUUUUAUUUAACUGUUUAUCAAUCAGGCUGGGACUGUGAUGAUAAUAGAAUUUAAAUUUUUCCAAUGCAUAGGUAUGAUACAUAGAAAGGAAAAUCAAACUGAGUCAAGUAGGGUGAAUUAGGAGGUCAUUUGGCAAGCAUAUCCAUUCUGAGAAUACAAAAGCAUAAAUUUUGCUGAACCGACAUACUGAAAUUCAUUCGCGUUCAAUUUUCUAAUGAACAACUUGAUUAGAUAAUAGUUGUAGAUGGUGUUGCCUACUGUAAAACUGUAUUGGAUAAUGUUUCAGUUUCCGUUAAUGAUUCAUUAGCAUUAUACAUUUUGAUUUUAAGGAAGUUUUUCUUCUACCUGUUCACAUCGAGGAGCUUCCAGAUUAUUUUUGAUUCGCCUUCGUUUAAUUUUGAAUAAUAAAAUCAAUGGCUUUCCGUCGAUAUAUGGUCUCGUCGAUUUUUCAA